UCUCAUGUUUCACGUGAAGGAGGAUAUAAAAUCCCGCUGCUAUUUUGAAAUCCUUUUCAUUUCAGACUCAUCUGGAGGAGCAGUGGAGUGACUGCUCACACUGUUACUGAUAAGUUAUUUACAAAAUGACAUCUCACAUGUUACCUGAGGGAUUCGUGGAUUUUGACGUGUUUGUGUUCGGCUCCAUGCUGCUGGUUGGUGGUUUGCUUGGCUUCUUCCUAAACUUCAUAUCCGUGUUGGCCUUCCUGAAUGUGAAGCAGCUCAGGACUCCCAGUAACUUCUUCGUCUUCAGUCUGGCACUCGCUGAUCUUGGACUCAGCUGUAACGGUCUGAUCUCUGCUUACACCAGUUACCUCAGAUACUGGCCAUUUGGUCCAGAGGGUUGCCAGAUCCAUGCUUUUCAGGGAUUGUUGUCCAUCUUGGUGGGCAUCAGUUUUCUUGGUGCUGUAGCGUGGGACCGAUAUCACGUUUACUGCACCAAGCAGAAGAUGUUCUGGAGCACUUCUCUGACCAUGAGCUCCAUCAUAUGGAUAUUGGGGGUGCUGUGGGCUGCUCUGCCUUUACCCUUCAUCGGAUGGGGAGUGUUUGACUUCGAACCCAUGCAUGUAGGCUGCACACUGGACUACACCAGAGGAGACAGAGGUUACAUCACCUACAUGAUGACUCUCACUGUGCUCUACCUGGCCUUCCCUCUCCUAAUCAUACACUCCUCCUAUUCCUCCAUCUACACUUACUUCAAAAAGACCCACAACUUCAAGUUUAACACUGGGCUGCCUGUAAAGAUGCUGCUGCUCUGCUGGGGUCCGUACGUCAUCGUGUGUUUUUACGCCUGCUUCGAGAACGCCAAGAUUUUAUCACCUAAACUCAGAAUGGUUCUCCCUGUUCUCGCUAAACUGUCUCCGAUCACCAACGCUGUGCUGUACGCCUACACCAACGAGUUCUACAGAGGAGGAAUCUGGCAGUUCCUCACAGGACAGAGACAAGUGGACAAGAAGAACUGAAAAUCCAGGUGUGUUUGUGUUCUCUGUGAGGAAGAGGAGGAGGAGGAGGAGGAGGAGGAGGAGAGAGAAGACUCAUCAGGAGACAAGAAAGAACGGGUUGUGGAAGGGACGUGGAAGAAGAAGAGCUGGAUUUAUAUUCACACUCUGUGUCUUUACGUCAGUGAUCACAUCCUGAUUUAUUAAAGCUUCAUCUGUUCUUCAUUUAAAAUGUUUCUAUGCAACAAAAUGUUUCCCCAAAUUUUAAUUAUUAUUAUUA